GUGCGCUUGACGAUGGCUGUUCCAGCAAAAUUAGGGAAUAUUUGUAGAUUUUGCCUCAACCAGGAGCAGGACCAACUGGUUCCACUCACCACGAUCGUGGACAGUUCGCUUACGCUCGAGAACAUAGAAAGAUUUACCGGAAUUGAGAACCUAGAGGAGGAAAGCAAACUGUACGCCUCGUGCAGCGACUGCCAUAUGGCGCUGAUCAGGUCCGUGUCCUUUCGCAACACGUGCCUGGCAAAUGAAGCACUCUUCAGGGAGCUGUGCGCGGUAGUGGAGGAACAUCUCGACGAUGUCGAGGCCGAUGAGUUUGUGGUCGAGGAACUGCAGGAAACCGUCUCGGAAAUGGAAUUCAUUGUGGUAAAUGAUCACAAAAAACGGAAAGCGACUGAAAGGAAGGAAUCGCCAGCAGCCAAAGCGCGAACGUGCCCCAGAACCAUGCGAAGUGUGAAUGACGGAACGAAGCCCGACACCGAUUACUGUGCGAACCGGAUCGAACUCGGUGAGCCGUUCUCCUCCGACGAGGAGCAAAGGUCGACCCGGGCAGGCCAGGUGAUACUGGACAAGGAGGCACUGUUUGCCGAGAGUUUGCGGCUGAUACGAGAGACACAGGAACGGAACGUGCAUGCCACGGUGGAAACCCUCGAGUCCCCGGGGGAUGAUAGCAAUGAUUCAAGUCAUGCGCCACCCGUUGCUAGCGAGUGGCACCCGAGACCGCCCAAAUCGCAGCUGUGUGAGGUGUGCGGUAAGGUGGUGCAGAAGCUGAGCGAACACAUCGCAAUCCACACAAAGGAAAUGAGGCACGCGUGCCCGCACUGCCCGGUGAGGAUGGCCAACCAUGCGAAUCUGUACCGCCACGUGCAGGCCGUCCAUCUGAAGCGGGUGGUGAAAUCGUGCGAAAUUUGCGCCAAGGGUUUCACCAGCAACGCGUCGUACAAAUCACACAUGCGCUCGGAGCAUGGGAUUGGUGAAACGUACGAGUGCAAGCUAUGCCCGAAGAAGUUCAACCAUCCGGGCAACUAUCGCGUACACUUUAUCCGUUGCCAUAGCGACGUAAGGAAAUUCACCUGCACGAUCUGCGGGAAGCAGUUCAAAGAAAAGCGCGAUCAUCGAAACCAUCAGCGAGUACACUCGGACGAUAAACCCUUUGCCUGCAGCCAGUGCCCGAAGCUGUUCAAAAGCGAUUACGCCAGGAAAACGCACGAACUGACGCACAGCGGUGUAGUGUUUCGGUGUGCGCACUGUGAUAAAGGUUACCGCUACAAAUGCCUGCUAAACAUACAUAUAAGGAAGGACCAUACUGCAACAAUAAAGCAGGAAGGGAGCAACGAUUAACACACACACACACACGUUGGCCAAGAACAGGUAACAGAGCAAGACGAAUACAUUCCACUGUUAUUCUA